CGUCAUUGGCUGGCGAGACGACGCGACAGGUGAAGCGGAAGUGAAGGGACGUUUGUCACAGGUGAACAAUCUGAGGAGACGCUGCUUUUGAAAAUGAACAGCCUACUUCCAUCUGACUUGGCGUCUGAGGUCAAGAAAGUCUCCAAGAUCCUCAGAGGAUUCACCGAAAUCUCCUCCGGCAAUGGGCUGGACAAACUCAUCCCAGCAAAUGUGAUUGCAUCUGCUGAGGGGCUCGCCAUCAUCUCCGUGGUGAAGGCGGGAUUCGUGAUCACGGCAAGAGGAGGCAGCGGCAUUGUCAUCGCCAGGCUGGGUGACAGACGCUGGUCGGCCCCUUCUGCCAUUGGCAUCGCCGGCCUGGGCGGCGGCUUUGAAAUUGGUGUGGAGGUUUCAGACCUGGUGAUCGUCCUAAACCAUCGGCGGGCCAUUGACGCAUUUACAAGGGGGGGGAACUUGACCCUGGGGGGGAACUUUACGGUCGCUGUGGGUCCAAUGGGCAGGAACAUGGAGGCCGAUGUUACUCUUCGCAAUACGGCCGCCGUCUACACCUACUGCAAGUCCAGAGGGUUAUUUGCCGGCUUGUCUCUGGAGGGCUCGUACCUGAUUGAACGCAAAGAGACCAACCGCAAGUUCUACUCUCGGGAAAUACGAGCAUCUGCCAUUUUGAAUGGAGCUGUGGACCCACCACAGCAGUGUGACCAUCUUUACAGUAUGCUGAAUGCCUACGCGGAGGCCAGUGUUACAGACCAGAGUAGCAAGAAAUUGACCAGGAAGUCAUCACGUCCUCCUCCAGCCAGACCUCCAGCUCCUACUCCUUCACGAGUAGUCAACACCUCCCAGCCUCCUAAUGUUCCUGGUGCAGUAGGACAAAGGUCAAUCUACCCAAGUAUCUCCAUCUAUAAAUCUGACACUUCAAGUGAGAUUCCCUCCAGAAAAGCUCCAAACUUGGGAGCCAGUGAACCCCUGGUGGUCACUGCAGUCCACGCAUAUGCUGGCCAACAGCCCGGUGACCUGAGCUUCAAUCCCGGCGACCGCAUCACCAUCAUCACCAAGACCGAGAACCAGUACGACUGGUGGGAGGGGCAAUUGGGUGGUCGAAAGGGCAUCUUUCCUGCAAACUAUGUGACUUAUUGACCGCUGCCACUUGGUUACCAGGGUUACAGGAGGAAAGGAGCUGCACGUUGGCUCAGGAACUACAGCAAGCUGUUUGAACAUUUACGUAUAUGUUCUUAACAUUCAGCUGUACUGUUACACUCAUUUUUCUCACAGUUCAUCCCACUAGUAGAAUGACUCUCUUACUAGUAUUGAUUACAACAUUGUCUUUUGUGUAAAGACUAAGCGUGCUGAUACAUGGAUUUGGAACUAAUGCUCAAACCGUUUGGCAUACUUGUACAUAACUUCUUCACUGGUCAACCAUCUAUUCGUUAAUCCCACAUUAUUUCGCUUCAGCUGCUUUUAAAUUUUUUCUUAGCAUCUUUAAAAUAAAAUCAAUUUUGUAUUGAAGAA